CGCGGAGAACGGGUUAAGCGGAUUUCGCGCGGCCUGUGUCGUACGGCCUUAAUUUGUGUUGGAGCUAACGUUCUGAAAACAGGAGGCCGUAGCGGCCUACUCCCGUGCCAUGGGGCCGGGAACGUUUAUUUAUUUUUUGGUGGCACUGGCAUUAACGCAUGCUGGUGAGGACACACCAAGCGAGGACAAAAAUCCCGAACCUGUAUCGACACUCCGGUCGAGUCGACAAUAUGGGAACCACGGUCCUGGAGAUCCAAACGAGGUGGUCGUCGACAUCGAGGAUGACGAGAAGACGCAGUAUUAUGAAACCAAUUACGACACCAACGCAUACGGUUUCGGCUACGACGUAGGCCCUAAUGGCCAAUUCCACCACGAGAACCGAGGUCCAGACGGCGUGACAUACGGUUGCUACGGUUACGUAGACCCUGACGGCUACCUCCGCGCUACGCACUACGUGGCUGACAGCCAUGGAUACCGGGUUGUCGAGCCAGAGAAACCGGUUGAGGUCUUCCCGGAAGAGAAACAUGAGUAUGAUGAAAACUCAAUAAACCAACCGACAGAAGCGACACCCGGUCAAGUAAUCCCAUGGGCGAAACUGUACUUCCCUAAGGGUUGUGGUAGGACCCCAGGUGGAACCCCUCCCAAACCACGUCCUCCAGCACCGCCACGACCGCCGAAGCCCCCUCCGGACAGUUCUGGUCAAACCAGCAAUCCUAGUCCGGGUGUUGUGCCUCCUGGAGGUUACUACCCUGGUACACCAGGCACUCCUGGUACUCCUGGUACACCUGGUUCGCCUGGAAGUCCAGGAACCCCCGGUUCACCAGGUACACCCGGUGGUCCCGGCGGUCCCGGCGGGCCCGGUGGCCCAGCAGGUCCUGGAGGAUAUUACCCAGGACAACCAGGAACUCCAGGAUCUCCGGGUUCUCCAGGUUCACCAGGUGGCCCGGGUGGUCCUGGUGGCCCAGGUGGCCCUGGCGGCCCAGGAGGCCCUAGUGGCUCAGGCGGUUCAGGCGGUGGGUACUAUCCUGGUCAACCUGGCAGUCCAGGCUCACCUGGCUCCCCAGGUGGUCCAGGCACCCCUGGUUCCCCCGGUACUCCAGGAACUUCUGGUACCCCGGGAACUCCCGGUACACCAGGCUCAGGUGGUGGAUAUUACCCUGGUGGACCUAACGGGCCAAGUGGACCAGGAGGCCCAAGCGGCCCAGGAGGUUAUCCAGGCCAACCAGGCACUCCCGGCAGUCCAGGUACCCCAGGUUCUCCAGGUGGUCCAGGUGGUCCAGGAGGUCCAGGUGGGCCUGGUGGCCCUGGUGGCCCAGGUGGUCCUAGCGGUCCAGGCGGCUCAGGAGGCAGCUACUAUCCUGGUCAACCUGGCAGUCCUGCCUCACCCGCCUCCCCUGGUGGUCCAGGCAGUCAAGGCGGACCAGGCGGCCCAGCUGGAUCUGGCACGUACUAUCCCGGUCAACCUGGAAAACCAGGCUCACCUGGUAGUCCCGGAACACCUGGUACUCCCGGUACACCUGGAGGUCCAGGUGGUCCAGGAGGUCCAGGUGGACCUGGCGGCCCUAGUGGUCCAAGCGGCUCAGGAGGCGGCUACUAUCCUGGUCAACCCAGCACCCCUGGUACACCCGGCGGACCUGGUGGUCCAGGCGGACCAGGUGGCCCAGCUGGAUCUGGCACGUACUAUCCCGGCCAACCUGGAAAACCAGGUUCACCUGGUAGUCCCGGAACACCUGGUACUCCCGGUACACCUGGAGGUCCAGGAGGCCCAGGAGGUCCCGGCGGCCCCGGACGUCCACCAUCCGGAGGUUACUACCCUAGUCAACCCGGUCAACCUGUCACGCCCGGCUUACCUGGUACACCAGUCUCACCUGGUACGCCAGGCUCACCUGGUACGCCAGGCUCACCUGGUACGCCAGGCUCACCUGGUACGCCAGGCUCACCUGGUACGCCAGGCUCACCUGGUACGCCAGGCUCACCCGGUACACCCGGAACCUCCGGCGGCUCAGGGGAACAAGGACAGCCGGGAUACCCCGGACAACCCGGUCAACCAGGAACUCCGGGACAGACUGGUUACCCAGGACAACCGGGACAACCUGGCUACCCAGGACAACCAGGAACUCCAGGAGGCCCUGGCCAGCCCGGAUAUCCAGGACAGCCUGGCCAACCAGGAACACCAGGUAGCUCUGGACAACCCGGAUACCCAGGUCAGCCCGGACAACCAGGAUACCCCGGACAACAAGGACAGCCUGGUCUACCAGGAACACCAGGUAGCGCAGGACAGCCCGGAUACCCAGGGCAGCCUGGACAACCAGGCCAACCAGGAUACCCCGGACAACCAGGACAGCCUGGACAACCAGGGCAAGCUGGUUACCCAGGUCUGCCCGGAAGCUCAGGACAACCUGGACACCCAGGACAGCCAGGAUACCCAGGACAGCCCGGACAACCAGGUUACCCUGGUCAACCAGGACAGCCUGGACAACCAGGAACUCCAGGACAACCCGGAUAUCCAGGUCAACCAGGUCAGCCAGGUUACCCAGGACAGCCUGGAUACCCAGGACAGCCAGGAUACCCAGGACAGCCCGGACAACCAGGAUACCCCGGUCAACCAGGACAUCCUGGACAACCAGGAACUCCAGGACAACCCGGAUAUCCAGGCCAACCAGGUCAACCAGGUUACCCAGGACAGCCUGGACAACCAGGACAACCUGGCUACCCAGCGCAGCCUGGACAACCAGGAACACCAGGGCAACCAGGAUCCCCAGGAAAGCCAGGUAGCCCAGGACAAACUGUACAACCAGGUCAGCCAGGAUACCCCGGACAACCAUCAUUGCCUGGACAAACGGGGAUACCAGGACAACCCGGUUACCCUGGCCAGCCAGGUCAACCAGGUCAACCCGGACAACCAGGACAAUCCGGACAACCAGGUCAGCCAGGAAACCCAGGACAACCUGGAUACCCAGGACAGCCAGGACAUCCAGGACAACCAGGGUACCCCGGACAACCAGGAUACCCCGGACAACCAGGAUACCCCGGACAACCAGGAUACCCCGGACAACCAGGACAACCCGGGCAACCAGGAACUCCAGGACAACCGGGAUAUCCAGGCCAGCCUGGUCAGCCAGGUUACCCAGGACAGCCUGGACAACCAGGACAACCUGGCUACCCAGGACAGCCAGGAACUCCAGGGUACCCCGGUCAGCCUGGACAACCAGGAACACCAGGACAACCUGGCUACCCAGGAUACCCAGGACAACCUGGAACCCCAGGACAGCCAGGAUACCCAGGACAGCCUGGCCAACCCGGCCAGCCGGGAUACCCAGGACAGCCAGGUCAACCUGGUGGUCCGGGACAACCUGGACAACCAGGUCAGCCAGGAGUUCCAGGACAGCCAGGAUUCCCAGGACAGCCUGGCAUACCAGGACAACCCGGUCAGCCCGGACAACCUGGAUUCCCAGGACAACCCGGACAAUCUGGCUACCCAGGACAACCAGGACAGCAAGGCCAGCCAGGAUCCCCGGGGCCACCUGGUACACCAGGACAACCCGGUCAACCCGGACAACCUGGAUCGCCAGGACAACCAGGACAACCAGGUGGGCCAAAUCAACCAGGGCAACCAGGACAGACAGGUAAACCUGGUCAACCAGGACAACCAGGACAUCCAGGACAACCCGGUCAACCAGGUCAGCCAGGAAAACCUGGUCAACCAGGACAAUCAGGACAGCCUGGUCAACCAGGACAGCCAGGAUACCCAGGACAGCCUGGUCAACCCGGAAAGCCUGGGUACCCAGGUCAACCUGGGCAACCAGGGCAACCAGGACUACCAGGUCAACAGGGGCAACCAGGACAGCCAGUUCAGCCAGGAAAACCUGGUCAACCAGGGCAACCAGGAUAUCCAGGACAACCCGGUCAUCCAGUUCAGCCAGGACAGCCAGGAAUUCCUGGUCAACCAGGACAAUCGGGAUACCCAGGACAACCCGGUCAUCCAGGACAACCUGGUCAAUCAGGACAACCAGGAUAUCCAGGACAACCUGGUCAACCAGGACAACCCGGUCUGUCAGGACAACCAGGGUAUCCAGGACAACCUGGCCAAACAGGACAACCCGGUCAACAAGGGCAACCGGGUCAGCCAGGGCGCCCAGGACAAUCAGGAUACCCAGGGCAACCUGGACAUCCCGGUCAACCAGGCCAACCCGGUCAACCAGGGCAACCAGGUCAACAAGGGCAACCAGGACAGCCAGGGUACCCAGGUCAACCAGGGCAACCAGGACAACCAGGUCAACCUGGACGUCCUGGACAACCUGGACAACCUGGUCAACCAGGACAAAUCGGGCAACCAGGACAACCAGGUCAAACAGAACAUCCAGCUCAGCAAGGGCAAACAGGACAGCCUGGGAAGCCUAGUCAACCAGGACUGCCAGGACAGCCAGGAUACCCAGGACAACCAAGCCGACCAGGUCAACCAGGGCAACCGGGAUACCCUGGACAGCCAGGACAUCCAGGACUACCUGGCCAACCGGGACAACACGGUCAACCAGGGCAACCAGGACAACCAGGUCAACAAGGCCAACCUGGACAGCCAGGACAGCCUGGUCAACCUGGCCAGCCAGGACAGCCAGGAUACCCAGGGCAACCUGGUCAACCGGGACAACCCGGCCAACCUGGACAGCCAGGACAGCCUGGUCAACCAGGCCAGCCAGGACAGCCAGGAUACCCAGGACAACCUAGCCAACCAGGACAAUCCGGUCAAACAGGACAACCAGGAUACCCAGGACCAUCUGGUCAACCAGGACAACCAGGCCAGCCGGGACAGCCAGGAUUCCCAGGACAACCUGGCCACCCGGGACAACCCGGUCAACCAGGGCAACCCGGUCUACCAGGCCAACCAGGGCAACCAGGACAACCUGGACUCCCUGGACAACCUGGUCAGCAAGGGCAAACAGGGCAGCCUGGGAAGCCUGGUCAGCCAGGACCGCCUGGGCAGCCAGGAUACCCAGGACAACCCGGACAAACCGGGCAACCAGGGCAACCAGGGCAACCAGGACAACUUGGUCAACCAGGACAGACUGGUCAGCCUGGACAACCAGGAUACCCUGUACAACAGGGCCAACCCGGUCAACAGGGACAACCAGGACAACCAGGAUACCCAGGACGACCUGGUCAACCAGGACAACCCGAUCAACCAGGGUACCCUGGACAACCAGGACAACCAGGAUACCCGGGACAGCCUGGUCAACCAGGAACACCAGGACAACCCGGUUACCCAGGCCAGUCAGGUCAGCCAGGCAGCCCAGGACAACCCGGAUACCCAGAGCAUCCAGGACAAGCAGGUCAACCAGGACAACCCGGUCAGCAAGGGCAACCAGGACUACCAGGACAACCAGGACAGCCAGGAUACCCUGGACAACCUGGUCAACCAAGUCAAACCGGUCAACAAGGGCAACCAGGCCAGUCAGGAUACCCAGGUCAACCAGGGCAAUUGGGACAACCUGGACAACCGGGUCAGCCAGUCACACCGGGCCAACCUGGACAAUAUCCUGAAGGUCAGCAGCCAUCUGGAACAGGCGUACAGCCUCCACCCAACCCUCCGGGUAGUCAAAUGCCACCGUUCCCUAUCUACGUCAUACCAUACCCGCUGCCUAUCGUGCCUAGUCCCGGAAUGUGUCCUUGCUACCUCUUGAACCCCGGUAGCAAUGGUACAACAGAAACCCAAGGCCAAGGUCAACAGCCGUCUAAUAAUGUCGGUAACUACGCUCCAUACGGUAUUAUAGGAUAUGUGCCGGUAGUCUUCGUGCCAUAUUGCCCUGGUAACAAUAAUAACAUGCAAACUGCCCAGCAAAACUUCCCUGGCGCUGUUCCAGUACCUUAUAAUUGUGCCCAAUGCCAAGCCAAUAGGGAUGUUUACCGCUAUUACGGCAGACUUGGUGGAGCACGUAGCUCCAACUUCGGAGACCUAAAAGAAAUUAAAUCUUUAGACGAAUUGGAUCACCUGUUAAAAAAACAAAUUAAGCCUAUGACGAAAAGUCUUGGUCAAAUCUCAGUUCAUCCAAGAGUACUUGAUGACGAGAAAGAUGACGGUAAAUCUUUAAAUAUAUAAGAAAAUUUUGCUCGUAUGGCGAGAUAUAUAAUUAUAAUAACGAAGGAGGGUAGUAAGUGAUACUCUCUCUUAAGUAAAUUUUGAGAUUGCCCGAUAAACGAUUUCUUGGACGGUCUCAAAAUAUUGUCUCAAUGGACAAAAGUAUGUUUUAAGCAUAUUUAUUUUCAAACUGUAUUUUUUGUUUAUGGAAAAAGCGUUAACUCGUUAUAUUAUGCAAGACGUAUGUAAUAUUUACAGAUUAAAUUUCAAAUGUUUUAAUUUUAUAAGUUAAAGAGUUACAGUUCGCGCUGCCAUUUUGAAAUGAAAUAA